AUGGCUGCCGCCUGCGCCGACGGCUCCUGCGCCGUGCAGCCUCUCUCCCGCCAAGACAAGCGCAACGAGUUUGACCGCGAUCCCGCAAACGCCCCCGAAAUCCACAAGGGCCUCCGCGAUGACCUGCUUCGCAUCGGCCAACACUUCUUCGACCACGCGUCGCCCGUCGCCGACAUGGAGGAGAGCCUCCACGAUGCCUGGGAUGAGCUGAUCCACGCCGCCCGCAUCAUCCCGGCCGAGAGCCCCGAGCACGACCGCCUCGUCAACCUCGUCCUCGAGAUGCGCGAGUUCGGCCUGCUUGCCCGGGCCGAAGGCGAUGCCGUCGUCUCCAACGGCCAGCGCCUGUGGACCGAUGUUCCCUACUUGGCCGAGGAGAUUCAGGACUCCUGGACCCAAGAGUCCCGCGGCUUCGCCGUCGACGAGCGCCAGAAUCUCGCCGCCCUGACAGCCAAGCUUUGCGCCGUCGGCGUUUGUUCCGCCGACAUGGCCCGCUGUGCGCUGUGGCUCUUUCGAGAAGCCCUCGAGACGCAUCUGCCUCUGACCGGCGAGUCUCCAGGAGGCGACGCGACCAAAGUCUCUACGUCUCUAUCUCUCGCCCAUCUUCUUCCCGCAUGUCUUGCGUGGCUGAACCACGGCAACUUCAAGCUCGCCAAGCUAUGCGCAAGCGGCCAAAACCUUUCCACGUCCGCAACGCACAGCGGACAACGCGUCUCGACCUCGCCUGGUCCCCUGGCAGCCAGAGCCGGUGUACCCCAGCUGGAAUUCAGCGUCGAAAGGUGGCUGUUCUGGAGGCGGCGGCUCGGGGAGCUGUACCUUGGCGGCAUCGAACAGGUUGCCGAGCCGGCGAGGAAGUGCUUCGAGGUCAUGGUCAGCACCGGCAGUGCCAUGGGACUGGAGAUACCGGGGGAGAAGAAGUACUUGGAGAGGCUGUUUGAGGCGCUGGACAAGGAGGUCGUGGCCCGAGAUAUGAAAGAAUGCGUUGGUCCCGAGGACAUCCGCAUUGACCCGGCGUGGGCGGAUGACAAUUAG